ACGUAUGUCAAAUGUCAAAUUUUUGUAUAAUGGGACACAUACAUUUUACAAAUUUCGACAUAGGAAUUUGCAAAAUUAAUUAAGUUUAAAGUAUCAAAACAUUGCAAUUUUAAAUUGAUCGACAGGUCUAAGCAAACUUCCAUAUGGAAGGUAUUCUGUGGAAAUGGACAAAUUACUGGAAUGGUUGGCAAACCAGAUGGUUUGUUUUAGAAAAUGGAAUUUUAUCAUAUUAUAAAUCGCAGGAAGAAGUUAAUCAGGGCUGUAAAGGUUCUGUAAAGGUGUCAGUCUGCCAGAUUAAUGUUAACAAUAUUGAUAAUACACGGUUAGAUUUAGUUAUACCCGGUCAACAGCAUAUGUACUUGAGAGCACCAUCACCACAAGAUAGGCAGAAAUGGCUCGUAGCACUAGGCAGUGCUAAAGCUUGUGUUGACUCAGUAUUAGAUCUCAAAGGAUCAGGAUAUGAAGACUCUUUAACUCAUAAGAAAUCUGAAUUACAUUUAUAUUGUGAUUUACUGAUGCAACAAGUGCAUGCAGUUAAAAGUGCAGCAACAUCUGAGGGAGGACCCGAGAUUCAGGAAAUAGAAAAUGCAUCUAGUCUGCUUACCGCAACAUGUGACACCUUUAUAAGGACCCUUGAAGAUAUUAUGAAACUCACUAUCAAUACUGGAAUCAAUUCCACUGUCUAUGAAAUGCCAGUUCCUAACUUAGCAAUGACUAAAAAUAAUUUGAACAAACCAAAACCUGUUAACAGGUCUCUAUCACAAGAAAACAGAUGAGUGAAUAUAAUUAAUAUCUUGUAUGUUAUUGUACUUAAAUAUUUUUUUCUUUUUGUAAAAAUCUGUACAUUUUUAUUAGGCAUGUAAAUAGUGAAUUAAUAUAUUAUAUUGAAUAUUUAAAUGUAUAUGCUUCAU